UGGUUUAUCAUUCUAGAAACAACUUGCCCAAUUUAAACGGAUACUAUUAGUAAAAUAUUUCAAGUGUUCUAAGAUCGCGCACCUACUUCGUACAACAAUGUCCGCCUUUGAAUUACAAAGUCUUGACGAAUGCCUUGACAAGUACUUACCACCCGAAGAGCUCAAGGAAGUCAAACGGAUUCUUUAUGGCGUAGAACAGGACAAUAGCUUGGAAUUGCCUGCUGGUGCCAAGGCCAUAGCCGAAGAGCACGAUUUCGAAAUUAAAGGGUAUCGCUUCACAGCACGUCCCGAGCAGUUGCGGAAGCCCCGCCUGGUGCGUGUGGGCGCCAUACAAAACUCCAUAGCACUACCUACGACUGCCCCAAUUGAGCAGCAACGCGAAGGCAUUUGGAACAAAGUAAAGAAUAUGAUAAGGGCAGCAGCUGAGGCAGGGUGCAACAUUGUGUGCACCCAGGAGGCAUGGACUAUGCCCUUCGCGUUUUGCACGCGCGAAAAGUAUCCAUGGUGUGAAUUUGCUGAGGAAGCCGAAACCGGACCCACCACAAAAAUGCUGGCUGAGUUGGCAAAGGCCUACAACAUGGUUAUCAUACACUCGAUAUUGGAGCGGGACGUUCCGCAUGGGGACACAAUUUGGAACACCGCCGUAGUAAUUUCGAACAGCGGACGCUAUGUGGGCAAGCAUCGUAAAAAUCACAUACCACGGGUCGGGGACUUCAAUGAAUCCACUUACUACAUGGAAGGCAACACCGGCCAUCCAGUGUUUGAGACUGAAUUUGGAAAGAUUGCCAUCAAUAUUUGCUACGGUCGUCAUCAUCCGCAGAACUGGAUGAUGUUUGGACUGAAUGGUGCUGAAAUUGUCUUUAAUCCCUCGGCUACCAUAGGUCGGCUUUCGGAGCCGCUUUGGGGCGUUGAGGCACGCAACGCGGCCAUUGCAAACAGUUAUUUCACGGUGCCCAUUAAUCGCGUGGGUACGGAGCAAUUCGCCAACGAGUUCAGCUCUGGAGAUGGCAGCAAGGCGCAUCAUGAUUUCGGACCAUUCUACGGGUCCACAUAUGUUGCCGCACCUGAUGGUUCCCGUACGCCGAGUCUUUCACGCUGCAAAGAUGGCCUGCUAGUAACCGAGCUGGAUCUAAAUCUAUGCCGACAGGUUAAGGACUUCUGGGGAUUCCGAAUGACGCAACGGCUUCCACUCUACGCCGAGUCCCUACAGAAGGCAAGUUCCUUGGACUUUAAGCCGCAGGUCAUAAAAGAUAAUUAGUUGUAUUGUAUACGAUAUUUAAAUACAAAAACGAAAUAAACCAACAUCACAUUCAGGAUAUCA